AUGUUAGAUCGAUGUUUAAAAUCUGUGCAUUUCAGAUGGCUUGACUAUGAUCCGGUUGGGAAGGAUAUGCCCGGCACUCGAUUUGUUGCGUUCAAAACGCCGUUGCACUCCAGCUACUUCCUGAAUCGGGGCGUCACAUUCGAUGACGAGGAUGUGUUUGAGACGAAAACUUUGCUCGAAAUGGUACUCACAUUGCAUUUAUUUAUUUUUCUGCAUUUUUGUUCGGAUAAUUCAUCAGAAGCAGAUAGGCAGGGCAAGAAAGUAGGCUUGGUGAUCGAUUUAACAGCAACCGACAGGUACUACGAUCCACUUGAAUGGACAAGCAGCGGUGUGAAAUAUGUUAAAAUACGCUGCACCGGUCACGAAGUGUACGCGGAGCCGGGGAAUAUUGAGAAAUUCCGUAACGUGGUUACGAAAUUUCUGCUUGAAAACUCCGACAAUGGUGAACCUUUUUUAGCUUAUCUC